GUCACUCGUGUUAAAGCAGAAAUCUGCACACUCGUUUCGAUAAAAUAAUUUCAGGCUAAGUGGUCGUGGAGAUGUGCUUGUUGCUCGGUGCAACUGGAGUUGGAAAAACGCUUUUACUAAAGCGACUACAGAAUAUCCUUCAAUUCAGCAGCUGUUUACACAAACUUCAGAAAUAUGUCCUCAAUGUCGGUACCAACCUCACAGACCUCAUACUCAGGAGGAGGAAGAUAACAGUAGUAGAGUUGGGAGGCUGUAUGGAGCCCAUUUGGCCAAAAUACUACGUAGAUAGCACAUCUGUUAUAUUUGUGGUGGACUGUGCCAGCGUCGUCCAGAUCUCUUCUUCUUGCGUCCAGCUGCUGUCCGUUCUCUCUGCGGAGCCGCUGCAGUCUGCGCUGUGCUCGUACUCUUCAACACACUCACUCUUGAGCAUGUAAUCAAUCCACACCCUCACAAUACAUGAUAGAUAUGGAGCGGAGUACUGCAGGGUCACAGUAAACAAACAUCAGACAAAUGUGGAGAUACACAACCAGUGGAAGAAUCUAGAGCGGAUCUACAGAUGUGUUUUCUAAAAGAUUAACAUUUCAGUGCCAUGUUAUUAGAAAAGUGUGAGGCAUUGCAAGAGAUGUUCAGACAUCAUCAUCUACUGAAUGUUUAUAUAGAAAAACAAUGCAGAGAAAUCUGUGCAAACAACCCUAUGUGAUCUGUGAUUAUAUUGACCAUAUGAGACAUUUUGGUCACUACUCAAUUUCCAUUCUUCAAUUGGUGUUAUAG